CAUGGCGACUUACAUGAGAGGACAUGGAACAAGUAGUGGAAGACGAUGACAUUAACUGACAUUCGUUACUGAAUGUUAUAUUGUUAUAGCAUAUAUUUUCACUUUUAUCUUGUAUUUAGUGUAACGUCUCAGGGGUUGACAUUAAAGAAUGGCGAUGCAAAGUGGAUCUGUGAUUCAAGAGAAGGUUGCCAAACUGUUGAGCAGGCAGCAUGGCAGACCCGUGCUGAGACCCAUCAAACCUCUGGCGCUGAAGAAUGAGGUCGCGAACCGCAGGCUGCGAAAAGGAGAGGCCACCUGUGUCACGGAGAUGUCAUUACUGAUGGCUUGCUGGAAACAGAACGACUUUAACAACGCAGUCUGCUCUAAAGAAGUCUCAGCUUUCUACACAUGUGUAGAAAAGACCCAGGCGCAGAACAAGUCCAAAGGAAAGCAGGGAGGUCAGGGUCGACUUUUGCCAAAGGAAGCCACAAACUUAUUGAAGCGAUAUCCUAACCUGCGCAGUGAAAUCUAGGACCACAAACAUAGCUCGGUCAAAGAAUGGAAGAUGUAAUAUGGGGUCUUUAGUCUGAGUAUAUGACUAGGAUUUACUGGACUAGCAAACUGAUGAGAACAGUGUGUGGAAAAGUUUUCCAAAAAGCAGCAAUGGAAAUGAGCAGGCAAAGAACUUUGUCACUGAGACUCAGACACUGCCGAAUGCAGUUUGUCACAACCACAUUAGCAGAUGCUCACAAAGCAAAUGAGCUGCAUCCACAAGGCUGUGCUUUUGUUGAUUACUAGAUUUUACUGACUGCACUACAAUAGGUCAUCCCGUUAAAACAGCGGAAAGGAAGGAUUAUUCGUCAACCUCAGAUCCAAGAAUAUAGCAUUCUUAAUCCUUUUUUCAGAGCAUGUAAUUGUGUGGCAGUUUUUGGAACUAUUAUGAUUAAUAAUAUAUAUCUGUACCAACAUUAUUUCCAUUGUUAAUCUGAAUGUUUGUCAUUUCAUUGUCUUGGUCUUCGUUUUCUAUAUCUCCCCUGCAAAAUUGAGUUGUGCAACCUGUUCAGCCAGGCAGUCUGUUUAUUGUAUUAAAUCUUCUUACUGUUUCAUGCUCUGUCCAGCAAUAUAAUUUAUCCCAGCCAGCCAUUUUCAGUUAUCAGAAAAUGGAGAUCAAGGGAGAACUACUCAGUGCUGGGUCACAUUACAUGCCAGGACAAAGUGUAUCAGUUUUGACCAUGAGAACUCUACAAUAAUGACUGGAAUAAAUAAAAUUAUAAUUCUUAAACGUA